AUACAAUUCACGUGACAUCUAUCAACUUCAUUCAAGGUUCUCAGGUUUGGUUGAUACAAACCGCGAAAGCACCUAGAGCCCCGCAACCGAACUAGCAAGACUAAACAUCGCGCAUCAAACCCCCCAUAUACCUUUCAAUAUGGCGACAAGAUCAUUAUCAAGAACCUGCUCACAACUAGCAUCCCCCCAAACAUCUUGCGCAGCACGAGCUUUCAUCCAACUCGCCCCCCGAAGAUUCCACCAUGCAACCCCACCACCCCUCGAUUUCCUCCUCCCUUCGCUCUCGCAGACUCCCCAUCUCUACCCAAGCAUAAGGGCUCAUCCAAGCCGAGCUCAUAUGCAAGCGAAACGAGCAUUUACAUCCUCCACCCGGCGCCAAACAAGCGCCAUCUACAACCCGCAGAAAGAUGACGACGGGAAUCUAAUGGAAAUCGAUAUUACACCUCGAGCCUCCAAUGUAAGUUCGCAGAUGUCUAGAAGGAUUUUUACGUUACGAGAGACUGUGCUAACAUGUUGGGCAGAGGUUAAAACAAAUCAUGGCCAAAGACGAGAAUCCCGACCUAGCCCUUCGAUUCCAAGUAACAAGCGGCGGUUGCCACGGCUUCCAAUACACAAUGGAACUCACCACCCUCCCAUCCCUCCCACCAAACCCCGAAACCAAAUCGCAAUUGAACGAAGACGAUACCGUAUUCAUGGCAGACGACGGAUCAGGAGCGAAGGUGGUUAUGAAUGCCGAUAGUCUGGAGUUACUCAAGGGAAGCAAAGUCGACUUCAGUAUGGAAUUGAUAGGAAGUCAGUUUUUGAUUGCGGAUAACCCAAGAGCGACGAGUAGUUGUGGAUGUGGGACCAGUUUUGCCGUUGCUGACUGAGGGACGGGAGCUGGUGAAGUUUGGGAGGUAUAAGGAUGGUGGAAAACGUCGCCAUACAUGAGAAGCCGUAUACAGAUCAAACUCAGAGAUGUACAGUAUCGCCAAAAUGAGAACUCUAAUCAAUAUCUCUUCACUAAUACACAAUCCAUAUGUACAUAAAUCACAACCUUCGCCCGAAUUAAAAAGAUCAAAACGGUUUGUAUGUAUGCCCCUCCAAUCUCUACAAUAAAAUACUAGUUCGUCGUAGUGAAGAUAUGGACAUAGGACACGGAAAGAGGAAAAAAGGUGAUCUCAGAAUCUGCGCAUAGACACUCUUAGGAUACUAGGCUUGGGUAGGCAUUCAAGGAACCAAAAAGAGUUAGCACGUAAAUAGAUAAGUUGAAGUAAAGAGAAUUCCUUUACUCCAUAGAGAUUGGCC